AUGACAGAGGUCGCCUCCUCGCCUCCGUUGCCGGCGAGCGCGCCGGCGUCAAUCCGUUCGCCCAUCCGUUCGCCAAAAUCGCCGUUCGCCGGCUUAAAGAAGAGAGCUAGCACCGGCGCGGCAACGGUGAAGAAGGCAGCAAAGGGCAGCGCGGAGAAGGCAAAAGGAGCGGCAAAGGCCGCGACCAAGGCGGCCGUCAGCGCUACCGAUCGGGCGGCGACUCGCGUGCAGGCCAACGUGCGGCGCUGCAGCUCCACGGUCUGGCUCGCCAUGCUCGACGCGGCGGACAGGGCGUGCGACAGCGCUGGCCUGAAGGUGAUGCGGGACCGGCUCGUAAAGAUGGGCGCGGCGGGUGGCACGGCCUGCGCGAAUGUGGUGAUGGCGCUCUCCGGCGCCAGCGGCCCGGGCGCGGCGAUGAGGCGGCGGGCGCUGAUCAAGCUGUUCCGCACGUCGGUGGCGCUGGCGCUGCUCCCUCGCUAUCUCACGCCGAUCCGACGAGAGGUGCAGCGGACGAUGUCCGCCAUCCACAACUCGGGCGUGCCGAUGCCGCUCGGCGACGAGGGCCUGCUCGCCAACUACUCGCUCGAGGUGCUGCGCAUGGAUGCCGAGGGCCGCCUCUGGCGGAGAAAGGUCGGCGAGGCAGGCGCCGCGCGGUACGAGAGGGUCGGCGCUGCGGGCUGCCUGCCGCAGCAGUGCUCGCGCGCGCCUCCAGCCUUCGGAGAGAAGCCGCCGCCCGUGUCCGCGCGAGGGAUCAUCAAGCGGCUGGCCGUCCGGAUUGAGCCGCGGAUCGUCAGGCCGCCUAAGGGGUGGAAGAAGGCCAGGGAGGCGGCCGAGGACGACCUUGCGUCGCUCGAUAUCGACUACCCGCCCGAUUUUAUGCCGCGCGCGAUGCGCGACAAGCCAAACGAGGUGCUGGCCCUCGAUCUCGACCUCGACUUCGCCGUGCGGUUCGACAGCCGCGAGGAGCUCUCUAGCGACUGCAAGCCCGAUCACGAGUGGGCGGAGUGCAUGCAGUGCUGGCGGGCGCGGCUCGUCCUCUUUGCGCGCGGGCACAACGGACUCCCCUCUCUCGGCACGCUCGAGCUGCGCAGCCUGCGGCUCGCCUUCAAGAAGGACGCGCCGCCGGUCAUCGAUUGGAACAUCGAGGUGGCCAUGGGGACGCCGCGGCUGCCGCUCCCCUCGUGCAUCGAGGACGCCUUCCUGGCGUGGCUCACCGGCAUGGUGAUGCGCAGCUUCAACCGCGCCUACCCGCUCAAGGUAGACCUCGACGCGAGCAGCACGGCCAAGGAGGGCUCGGAGUGCGACGAGGAGGAGGUGCGCGGCGAGGAGGAGGAGGUGGUGAAGGAUGCGACUUUGGACUUGGCUAGUGCGAAGGCGUGA